GCGCGGCGGCAGCGGCGGGAGCGAGCGGCUGCUGUCAGGCCACCCAGGUCCAAGCUGCACUUGCUGCCCCAUUGAGGACGAGGAGGCAGCAGGGAAGGUGGCGGUGGCGCGGAGUGACCAGACUGCCGAGCCGCAGAGCUGACCGGCCUGGCCCGGGGCCCUCUGCGUUAUUCCCCAUUGAGGCGGAACCCUAAAAGGAAGAAUAAAACAAGAAGAAGAAAAAGAAAAAGAUUAAAUUGUGACAAAGACCCAACUGGAUUCUCUUUUAUAAGCUCUUCCUCAUCUGGUGCUGCAACAAUGAGUGGGAAAUCUUUGCUCUUAAAGGUCAUUCUCUUAGGUGAUGGUGGCGUUGGGAAGAGCUCCCUUAUGAACCGUUAUGUAACCAAUAAAUUUGACUCCCAGGCUUUUCACACCAUAGGGGUAGAGUUCUUAAAUCGAGAUUUGGAGGUAGAUGGACGCUUUGUAACUCUCCAGAUUUGGGAUACUGCAGGGCAAGAACGUUUCAAGAGCCUCAGGACACCCUUCUACAGGGGAGCAGACUGCUGCCUCUUGACCUUCAGUGUGGAUGACCGGCAGAGCUUCGAGAACCUUGGUAACUGGCAGAAAGAAUUCAUCUACUAUGCAGAUGUGAAAGACCCUGAGCACUUUCCUUUUGUAGUUCUGGGUAACAAGGUAGACAAAGAGGAUAGGCAGGUGACUACUGAGGAGGCACAAGCGUGGUGCAUGGAGAAUGGGGAUUACCCUUAUUUAGAAACAAGUGCCAAAGAUGAUACUAAUGUGACAGUGGCCUUUGAAGAAGCUGUCAGGCAGGUGUUGGCUGUGGAGGAACAGCUGGAGCACUGCAUGUUAGGUCACACUAUUGACUUGAACAGUGGCUCCAAAGCGGGAUCUUCAUGCUGUUAAAAGUAGAAAGCCUUUGAAAAGUGUGCCCCAAAUUGAUCAGUCAGUAGUGUAAGCAUAAGUGCCCACCUAAGAGUGCGUGCGCGCGCGCACACAUACACACACACACACACACACACACAAAGGGGUACAAGAUAAGGCUGUGAUUGUGAAGCAAAUCCUUUCUGAUUGAAGUUGUAGAGUGAUUUAAAAAAAGCUUUAUCAAGUGUAUUUUGCGUGAUAUCUACUAUUUCCUCCUUGUGUGUAUCAGGAUGUUUAGAAAGCUUUAGUCCUGAGGGACUUCACUAUUUUUUCAAAUCACAGUUUAAACUUAGAACCCAGUCGCAUGAAGGAGUUAAAGAGCUACAGCUAUCCCUCAAAGUGUUUCAUUAAUCUACUAACAAAUGUCAUCAUUGACUCUUGCCAAGCAGUUUCUGACAUUUCUGCCAAAGGAAAAAAUAAAUGAAGACUUUGAGCUGUAUUAUAAUAGAUAUUAAUAACGCAACAAGGAUGCCCUAAGCUUGAAUUAGAAAGAGGUGGUUGGUAGUGAUUAUGAAUACAAAAGUGUAAUGUUGUACACUGCCUUGUUUGAAUCCCUAUGUUUGUUCCCACCUGAGCUUUUCAAAACAUAUCAUCUCAAUAUGAGAUAUGAUACACUGAUGGCAUUGGGCAUUCAUUUUACUCCAUUCGUAUGAAGAAACAAGGCACUAGUGAAUGGAUUGUGCUUAAAUAUGCCAGCCACCCUUGCAAAUGUAUGGUCGGUCCACUUUUGCUGCAUAAGUUUCCUUUUGCUGCAUAAGGUGUUGUUGCUUCUCUCACGACCUCUUACCAAUUGAUCAAUGCUGCUAUAGUAUAUGGCUUCAGAUGCAGUGCUCUCUGCUUGUAACUGAUGGUCCUUUGGUCCACCAUGCUUUGUGUCCAGAGAAGCCUUCAGAAAAGAUUGGGGGAUAAUGGGCUUUUCUCACAAGGUGUUCCUUACUCAAAUAUUUAUUGUGAAAAAGGAACUCAUUCCUUGUAUGUUGCACUGUAUGUUCAGCUGGCCAUACUACAACAUGAAAAGUGGCAAGAGAAUGUACUUUAACCCAGCGUGAGAAUCAAUUUCUCCUGAUUAUUUUGUCCAGCAGUGGAAUGGACUGCCUUAAUAAUGACCUCCCUUCCCAUGGAAAUAUUCAAAGAGAUAUUGGAUGACCACCUGUUAAAAUACCAUAAAGAGAAUUUCUAUACUCGGUAGAUAUUCAGUUUAAGAUCUCUACCGGCUCUAAAUUCUACAACGCUAUAAACUACAAACUGGGUUCAGUGCCAUGUUACAGUUAGAUGUAUGUUUCUUAAGACAACAACUAAGACUAUGGAGAAGAGGAAAUUUAGAAAUCCUCAAACUAUUGUGGAAUCAGCAUUUAAAAGCAACUAUAGGAGCUCUUUAUUUUUGCUUUUGUAUUAUGUUCAGGAAAAUUCUUGAGCGCUCAGUAAUCAUAUGCCCUGAUAUAAAAAUACUGUAUUAAAAUAUAAACAUGGUUUGUCAAAUUUUAAUUGCCAUGACUGCCAGCUAUAUAUCAUGCGUAUGCAGUCUAGUUAUUG